AUGGUAGAUAACCCAGUACCAAAUGCGACGUGUGAGAAACCUGCAGAACGAAUGUUCGGAAGCCCGAGGCUCUACGUCACUACUUCCUCUCCCCGCCGCGCUGUCUCUCCCUUAAAGAGUCUGGUGAUCAAAUGCUGCAGCUACAGACAGACUCACUGGUGGAGUCAUGAAAUCAACCGGCUGUCCGACUCCAGCGACUUCCUCAAAGUUCAGCGCUUCGAAGGGUUCGCUCCGCCGCGGGAGGACACGCUCACCAAAUGGUUUGUGAAUGGAAGCGGCUUCUUCUCAGACCUGGCUGACGCUCUGGAACAAGCCAAGGAGGAAAUCUUCAUCACAGAUUGGUGGCUCAGCCCUGAAGUCUUCCUAAAGAGACCGGCAACUGAUAACUUCUGGCGCCUCGAUGAGAUCCUCAAACGCAAAGCAGAACAAGGAGUCCAAGUGUGUGUUAUGCUGUACAAGGAGGUGGAGAUGGCUCUGGGCAUUAACAGUGAGCACAGCAAGAAGACUCUCAUGAAUAUGCAUCCGAACAUCAAGGUAAUGCGACAUUAUGGGCCGGGAUCUACACAAAACCUCUCCUCCUACCUGAAAAUCACAAAAACUUAA